AUGUUCUAUCAAGGACUAAAAGACGAAGUCAAGGACGAGAUUAUCAAGAUUGAUCGACCUGACGACUUUCUCUAUUGGAAGAAAGACAGACAGUGCUAUAACUGCCAGAAGAUUGGACACCUAGCAUACGAAUGCAGGUCACCCAAGAAGGAACGCUUCCAACCGGUACCAGAGAAACGACAAGCGAGUAUCGCCACGAAGACGAUCCCUCAUGAACAACUUAAUUGGACCACCUGCUUCGAUGACAACUGCCAUAUCCACUCUAGCAGUAAGGAACACGCAGGAUGGUACCCCCAGAAACCUCAAGAACGAUCUGGUUACGACACCACCAACGUACCUAAACGGACCCUCGCUGCGGGAUAUAGAAGCAACAGCAAAAUCGAGCGCAAGACAAUCGAACGGCUCGACAGACGACAAGCCCACCUGCAGCGGAUUCAACAGGACUCACAAAACCCUAUGUGGCAACGACAACUCGGUGCGCUGGACGCACACAUCGAACGACGACAACAUGCACAAGGAGAUCCCGCACGGAUCCGCCAGAUCAACCAAGAACUGGAAGAACAGGUCGAAUCAGAAACGACCAAGAACACCCCCAACGACUCGGAAACACCUCGCGAUGUUGCCCGCCAACAUGCCCAACUGGAAGUCGCCUUUGAAGUCGCUUCAGUCGACGACACCAGCUCUGGAGAGGACUCUGACGAAGAAAUACAGUGGUAUCACUGCUACCAAGACCAGCGCCGAGUCCACUAUAUCAAGAAAGACGAAGCAUGGAAGAAACAGCAAGAAAACGACGAACAAGGAACGGACGAGCAGUCAAAAAACUAG